AUGGAAAACCUGCCGGAGAGACCGGAGAGAUACUUUAAGUCCGGUGAAGAGCCAGACGGCGAUAUGGUUCAUAAGUACUUCCAACUCCAAUACCUAAACGAUUUAGCGGAGCAUCUGAAGGAUGACGAAAUUACGAAGAUCAGAGGCUUGCGGCUGGGGAAAUUGUUCGAUAUUGGGAAAAAGUUUUCUUUUUCCAACAAAUUUUGUUUGUUUUUGCUUACAAGGCAGUUAGCGAUCCAGAAAAAGCAUGAGAUUUGGUUCGUAUACGCGGUUAAGCCGAUUAGGUUUGGUCUGAGGGAGUUUGCAUCAGUGACGGGUUUACGGUGCGAUCCAAUUUCAAUUGGAAAGGCCGAUGGAAAAAAGAAGGUGAAUAAGAACACGAUAAAGAAGAAGACAAUUGAAGCUCCUUAUUGGUUCACUUUGUUCGCGAAGAAUGAAGAGAUCCAAGAAGAAACCGCAGAAGUGUUGAGGGACGUUGACAAAUUUCUUAAUCAUCCAUGGGGCAGGAUUUCGUUUGAUAUGACUAUGUCAUGUAUCAAGUCUCGGGAAGCUUCUGGGCUUGCCCAAACAAGCUUUGCUGUUCAAGGUUUUGUGCAUGCGUUGCAACUGGUUCUUUUAGAAGAUGUCCUUGACAUUGAGAAGAGCAUGCCGGUUGAUACUCCUGUCUUCGUUGACGAUGAUUCCGAAGAAGAAGGUGUAGUGGUUUCAGUUGAAUCUAUUAUUCCUCUUAAUGAUGUUGUUGUUGGGGACGAUUUUUCUUGGUCUGACGAGGUGGAAGAUGUGAGAGUUGAUAAUUUGGUUAGGUUAGUUCAAGAAGGCCACCAAUGGUCUGGCGAUGAAUUUGGAGGUGGUGUGGUCGUGUCUGCGCUUCCUGUAGAACCUAAAGAAAAAGCUGAAGGGAAAAAAGUUGUAAAGUCCAAGAAGAGGAAGAAGUCUCCUGUUUGUGCCAGCAGUAGUGAUGGUAGCCAGCCUGUACCAUUUUCUGAAUCCCAAAUGGAGUGGUUAGCAAAGCAAAUUAGUUCGCAAGGAGAAAGUGGGGCUGGACUUGUUGGUGCUAAGGUUGUUGCUCCUAAAGCUGUUGCUCCUGUUACCAAAGGUAAGGUCAAACCCCCUACCCGUGCCAAAAAGGCAGUUCAACCCAAGCGGAAACGGAUGCGUGUUGAUGGAAGGUUGAGGCAGAUUAGAGAUGAUGACGAGACUGAAACGGCUACUGACCCAGUAGGGGAUGAGUCUAAAACGGCUGGUAGAAAAGAGACUAUGGAGGAUUUUAGAACGGAUAGUCAACAAAGAGAGGCUUCCGUUACUAUGGAUGAUGUAAAGACUGAACAAAGAGAUGGUGACGAACUUGACGAUGUACAUCCGGAUGAUACUAUUAAAUCCGUGCUUGAUUCUCUGAACCUGUCUGGUGAAGCAAAGGUCUCUGAGAAUUUAGCUCAUGAUCUAGAGCAGGUGUUGUUGUUUUCAGUGGGGAUGACCUUAAUGACCAGGAAGCUGCUGCAAAAAGUGGGGAUGGUCUUAAGGAGCAGGACAGUGGUGGAGAAAGUGGGGAUGGAUGUUGCUUCCAAAAGUGUGAAUGAUGAUGCUGAAUGUCAAGGGAAGGAAUCUAGUGAGGCUGGAACUCUUUCUCUCUUCCCGACUAAGACUUCUGCUGGUUCAGAGGAAAAUUUGUCAGGGGAACGUGAUGUUAUUGAUAAGAAGUGGUUGGAAGUUGAGAAGAAUUUAGCGGUUGGCAGGAAAAUUAAUUUUGGGGGGAGCUUAUUCCUCGUAGCCAAGGACAUGGAGGAGAUUCUUGGGCUACAAGUUGUAAUAGGACCAUGGAUGAUGGAUUCAUUUAUCAAGUAUUUCCGUGAUAAGUGGGCUACCUUAGAGGUUAGCUUAAGUGAACCUAGGGUGGUUUUUCAGGGGUCAAAAUUUGAUUUCCUUGUCCUUAGUCAUCGAAUCAAAUUUGAGAAUUCUGUUAAGAAGAAGUAUGUAUUCGACCAAGAUUUGAUGUUGUGCUUCCCUCUGAACUUUGAUACUCUCUACUUCCCAUUCAACUUUGACAAACAACACUGGAUAGGGAUGUGCCUUGAUAUCAGGGGGAUAUAUCUCUAUGUGUUUGAUUGCAACCAGAAGAUGUGUCGGGACACUAGGCUCCGGAAAGAAAUGGAAACUUUGUUGGAGAUGCUCCUUUUUGUUGUUCGCCAAGUGUCGCCUUAG